AUGUCGAGAGUCCCCACCCCUCCACCACCUGGAGAGAUGUCCAGUGGACCUGUGGCCGAAAGCUGGUGUUACACACAGGUUAAAGUAGUAAAAUUUUCCUACAUGUGGACCAUUAAUAACUUCAGUUUUUGCCGAGAAGAAAUGGGUGAAGUUUUAAAGAGUUCUACAUUUUCAUCAGGGCCAAAUGACAAAAUGAAGUGGUGCCUGAGAGUAAACCCAAAGGGUUUAGAUGAUGAAAGCAAAGACUACCUGUCAUUAUAUUUGCUUUUAGUCAGUUGUCCAAAAAGUGAAGUCAGAGCAAAAUUCAAAUUUUCUCUUCUGAAUGCUAAAAGAGAAGAAACAAAAGCAAUGGAAAGCCAAAGAGCAUAUCGAUUUGUGCAAGGCAAGGAUUGGGGUUUUAAAAAAUUUAUCCGAAGAGAUUUUUUACUUGAUGAAGCUAAUGGUUUGUUACCAGAUGACAAGCUUACAUUAUUUUGUGAGGUAAGCGUGGUCCAAGACUCAGUAAAUAUAUCGGGACAGUCUAAUACAAACACUUUGAAGGUACCUGAAUGUCGACUAGCAGAAGAUUUAGGGAAUCUCUGGGAAACCACAAGAUUUACAGAUUGCAGUUUUUAUGUAGGAGGACAAGAAUUCAAAGCUCAUAAGUCUGUCCUUGCAGCUCGUUCACCAGUUUUUAAUGCAAUGUUUGAACAUGAAAUGGAGGAAAGCAAAAAGAAUCGUGUAGAAAUAAAUGAUGUAGACCCUGAGGUUUUUAAAGAAAUGAUGAGAUUCAUUUACACAGGGAAAGCACCAAACCUUGACAAAAUGGCUGACAACUUGUUGGCAGCUGCAGACAAAUAUGCACUGGAACGGCUGAAGGUCAUGUGUGAGGAGGCACUCUGUAGUAACCUCUCAGUAGAAAACGUUGCUGACAUUCUUAUCCUCGCAGAUUUGCACAGCGCAGAACAGUUGAAAGCACAAGCAAUAGAUUUUAUUAACAGGUGCAGUGUUCUUAGACAACUUGGGUGUAAAGAUGGGAAAAACUGGAAUAGCAACCAAGCAACAGACAUAAUGGAAACAGCAGGCUGGAAGUCCAUGAUCCACUCUCAUCCUCACUUAGUGGCAGAGGCCUUUCGAGCGUUAGCAUCUGCACAGUGUCCACAGUUUGGCAUUCCACGCAAACGGCUAAAGCAGUCAUGAAAUCUUCCAUGAACUUUAGAGAAACUGAAAUGACUCUACUCCUCCAUGUCCAGAGGUGUUUUCACAAACCAUAACAAGAAUUUUUGUUAUCCUUGUCCACAGAACAGAAGCUGAAAAAGUCUAUUAUUUGCUUUUCAGUUGGAUAAUUUAUGGUUUAAUCCUCAGCUUUAAAUUAGACUGAUUACUCUCUAAUUCACUGAAAGGCCUUAAAUUAUCUUCAAUGACUCUCUAGUCCAUAUAGUCUAAUGUAUCUUGAUUUUUUUUUUUAUCGUGCCUUGUCUUUUUGACUAGGCUAUGCAGGAUUGCACUAGCUCCAUAAUGCAGUAAAGUUGAUAACUGAAGAUUAACUUUUGAAAGGGAUCUUCCAUUAUUUAAAAAAAAAAAAAAAAAGAAGAUUAUAGUUUGGUUCUGUGCUAACUGGAAGGUUUCAACUAGACUCUCAUUAAAAGCACUUGAACUG